GUUCCCAAAGUAUGCCUGUUCGCGGGUUAUGUAUGACAUUUUUGGAUGACGUCACGGCGUAAUUUACGCGCGAAUCUUUACGCGGCCUGGAGACGAACAAUAAAGUUGUCCCACAAUGCAAAGCGAUGCACGUCGUGUAAGAUUUCAAGAUGGCGACUUCUAAAACGGCGAAUACAUACAACAGGCAGAAUUGGGAGGACGCGGUGAGUUUUCCGAGGGGAAAACUGCGGUAAUAUGUAACUUUAAGGAUAAUAGAAUGCUUGAUCUGUACCUUGGCUACGUUUUGUGGAAAUCGGUUAAAAUGAUAAGGAAUAAAUGCAUUUUGAAACUAGGCAUAAUAUAGGCUAAUAUUAAAAUACACCAUCAAAGUAUAAACAGACGUUUGAGACAUAGUAGGUUGAAUUCUUCUAUAUUUUAGGAAUUUCCUAUCUUGUGUCAGACAUGCUUGGGUGAUAAUCCGUAUCUAAGAAUGGUAGGUUGAAAUCGACAGUUUCAUGAUCAGAUCUUUUAUAUCAAAUUAUGAAAAUCUAUAUUCAAUAUGAAAGGGGCGUUUUGGACAAAAUUUACAGGUAUUGUUAUUAUUUUCUUAUAGAUGAAAGAAAAAUAUGGAAGGGAGUGUAAGGUAAACCUAUUACUGAAAAACUACCAGUUUAACUGUAUAUUCAUUAAUUACUCUGUUUUAUAAAUAUGAUUGGUUCAAGUCCAGGUGUCGAGAAACUGAAUUACUAGUAUUUGAUUUUCAGAUUUGUGCUCGGCCGUUCACAAUCUUUCGUUGGUGUCCUGGUGCUAGAAUGAGGUUUAAAAAAACUGAAGUUUGUCAGACGUGCGCCAAAAUGAAAAACAUUUGUCAGACAUGUUUGUUGGAUCUUGAAUAUGGUAAAGUGUUCCCAGCUUGUUGACAACUUGCUACAAGGUUGUUCAGCUCAACAGACUUGGUACAAGUUAUGGGCCAUGUUCAUAUUCAUGUUGGCCACAAAUAACGUCAAAUCGACGUUAUUGCUUCACCCACCCAAGAUAAUGUCGAUCUAUAUUCAGUUGUCGUAUUUUGACUUUCGUAUUAUGAUACAAAAUCUGUACUGUGAUAGUUACUUUGGACAUUAAUUGUCAAAUUUCCACGAGAAAACGUCGAUAAGUUCACAUAAAAACCCACCCACUCAUAACAUCGAUUCGACGUUAUUUGUGGCAACAUGAAUAUGGACGUGACCCCUUACUAAACGACAAACAAAGAUAUUCAGUCUUCGUCGAUCAUGAUCUGUUUGUCUCAUUCAUAGGUGAACAAAUUAAAAUCAGUUAAAUUGUUUGCAUUUUGUACAGGGUUGCCAGUUCAAGUACGAGACCACGCUCUUGGUCUGAAAGACGAGAUGCCAAAAUCUGAUGUAAACAAAGAGUAUUACACACAGAAUGCCGAAAGAGAAGUGAGUCAUGUCCUAGCGAUGUCCAUGUCAGAGAGAAGUUCAAUCAUACUAUGUGAAGAACAAGGAAAUAACUGCUUUAUGUAUUGUUAUUUUUAUUAUUUUCUUUCAACAGUUGGCCAACACAGACUCUAGUAACCCAGGGGGAUCUUUGGGAAAGGCAAACACACCCAAUGACUUGUUAUUAAAACUGGCGAGAACUGCACCAUACUACAAGAGGAAUAGACCACACAUUUGCUCCUUCUGGGUGAAAGGAGAGUGCAAACGAGGCGAGGAAUGCCCUUAUAGGUUUGUACUGUGUCUGAUGAGGACCAUCAUAAUCACCAUCAUGAUUACCAUUUACCACCAUCAAUAUCACUAACACCAUGAUCAUCACCAGGCCAAAAAAAAUAUGUGGGUUUCCGGUUCCUUCUUAUAAAAACUUAGGUAUGGUAGGUCGGUUUCAACUUUUUUUUUAAACUUUUUUUUUAAUUUUCCGAACAAGCGGACACCAUUUUGUUUAGUCAGUGCUUCCACAUCCAAAGAUAAAUUUCCCUAAUAUUGCCUCAAAUUUUAAUUUUCUGCAAACUUUUUCCUCUAAGUGGAAACACUUACAAGCAUGAUCCAAUAAAAAAGUCUAGGGUCGGGAUUUCGACGUCCAAAAGCUAGGUAGGGUCGGGAAACCGGAAACCCACAUAUUAUUUUUUUUGGCCCGAUUACCAUCACCACCACCAUCAUCAUCACCAUCAUCAUUACUGUCAUCAUCAUCACCACCUAAACAUAAACACUAUUUCCUAGACAUGAAAUGCCAACAGAUCCCAAUGACCCGCUGGCCGACCAGAACAUCAAGGAUCGAUUCUAUGGUGUCAAUGACCCAGUGGCAAGCAAACUGCUAGACAGAGCAUCAAAAUUGCCCAGUUUAGAGCCCCCUCCUGACAAAGCUAUCACAACACUUUACGUUGGUGGCCUGGAUGGUAGAGUUCUGGAACAGGAUCUGAGGUAAAGCCCCAGGGGUGGAAAAAAUAGGCGAGCACUACUCACAGGAAAUGCUAACACUUUAAGUGGCAAUGCGCCCUACUUUAGUAUUUGACUUGGUCUAACGCCACACAAUUUUACUCGUCAAGUGGAGAGUGCUGCUACUCAAUGGGUUAAACAGCUGCAGGAAAUUUGUUUGAAUGAAGAUUUCCUAUUGAAAAUUUGAAGGAAACCUUAACACCAAUGUCCCACUAUGGCUACAACAUAUGGUUGACAGAUGUUAUUCCUUGAAUUUAAAACCAUGGUCAGCUGGAACAUUAUAUGUUUAUGCACAUGCAGAUUUAGCACAAAAAUACUCCGUUGGUCUGCAGGAAAUUUUUGUCUCCAGGUUCUGCUUGCAGGAAGAAAAUUCCUUUUUCCUGCCCUGGACCUCUAGGAAGAACAGCUAUGUAUAAAUACUGCCAGUUUCAUUUAGUUUAGAAUUAAGUUUAGUCCUGCUAUAUUGUUUUAUAAACCUGGCUAAAACAUUCAUUCAUGUGUAUAUCUUGUCGCUGUAGAGACCAUUUCUAUCAGUUUGGUGAGAUCCGUUCCAUCACGAUGGUGCCGAAACAACAAUGUGCAUUUGUGUGUUUCACAAACCGCUUCUCGGCUGAAACAGCGGCAGAAAACUCCUUCAAUAAAUUGAUCAUGAAAGGCCGCAGAUUGAAAAUCUUGUGGGGAAAGUCGCAAGGGGCAAAAGCUACACCGGGCAGGGAAGGUGGGGCGAAGCUGACCCCUGUUCCUGGCUUACCUGAAGGUGGGUAACAAUUGAACUUCACCCAUUCACCCAUACCAGCAGAAUGGUGUAACCAUACUUUUCUCUUGUAGCAUUACCACCACCACCAGCAUCCAAACCAGAGGAAAACAACUUCUUUAAUCUAGCUUCGACCUCCGGGAUACCCUUACCCCCUCUCCCCAUGCCACCUCCACAACCUCUAAUGGGUGCACCUCCCAUGCAUGGCCAGCCUCCCCUCAUGCCUCCAAGAUUACCACCUCCCCCUGGACAACGAGGACCCUACCCCCCUGGUGGACGAGGGCCUUACCCACCACCCCCUCAUAGAUUCAUGCCACCACCACCAUUCAUGAGAGGUCCACCCCCAAACAACAUCCCUCCUCCUAACCUACCCCCUCCCAAUAUGCCCCCUCCUAAUAUGCCUCGUGGCCCACCACCAAACAGAGGAGCACCCCCUACUAUUCAUUACCCCUCUCAGGAUCCACAUCGUAUGGGUACCGGAGGGAAAGAGCAAGGACUUAACCCUCCAACUCAACCUGGUGCCACAUCUUGAGUCCCACCUCCCUGCAACAAUACCCUUAGUUAAUGGACAUCUAGAGUCCCACCCACUCCUCCCUCUGCUGAAAAGGACGAUCGAGUUGCUAUCAUGGCGGUAUAGCGGUACAAUACUGUGAUGUGAAUGAACAAUAUUUACGCUGUGACAUUCAAUUUAAAAUGUAUUUGUAUUUUAUUAAAAUAUUUGAUGACACUACUGUCUUUUUUGUGCGAGCUUUUUUUCUCCGAGAAACUAAGACAUAUUGGAUAUUACCAGAAGUCCAGAACCACCAGGCACCAACUAUUUUUAAUGAAAUACAAAACAACUGGGUAGCUGUAUCAGUUCUGAACUGUUCUCCCUAGAGGGCUCUUCCGUCGUAGACUUUACAACAUGAGGGAAACCAGGCGAGUAAGCUUGCCAGCAUUCUUCUCACAUGUCACUUGGAUGAAAUUAUGAUCGAACCCUAUUAACUGCUACACCCGAAAAAAAAACUGACUAUCCUUUGUCAAGCUGGCGUUUGUAUAUGUCCAACCAUGGGCUUAGCCAGAGGCCCGUCCACCCGUCGAUUUUAAUUAUGUGCGAUUAUGUUCGCGAGCUAGGGCAACCAUUAAGUCUUCAGUUUUGAGUGCAAAUUUACACGUGUUCUUUUGACUGCUAAAAAUCACGUUUUUAGAAGAUAAAGAUCUGAUUUCAAAUUUAUUCCAAGGGAAACAUUUUUGGACGGGUAGAUUGGUAAACCUGGCUGGGACCCUGUGUCCAACAGUGUCAUUGUAUAUAAUUUUGCUGAGCCUUUUACCACAAGCAUCACAAAACAAUAUUUUAUUUUUAUAUACACAUUACAACGUCAUACUUAACUAUUCAUUUCUGAAACAGCUGUUCCUUCACACUUUGUCUAGCACAUUUUGAUAUUGCAGCGAUAAGUUUCGUGAAACCUGUGUCCUUGGGCUAGAAAAUAAG